AUGGUACGAAGAUCGGUUGGAUCCAAGAGAUUUCAUCACAAGUCACGGAACGGGUGCGGUCAGUGCAAACGAAGACAUAUCAAGUGUGAUCUAAGACCGCCGGUUUGCUCUAAUUGUUGGAAGAGGGAUGAGGCGUGUGAUUACCAGCUUCGCGACGUCGACUCGUUUACGCAAUCCAGCCUUGACACCAAACAAAGCAUGGAUAGCUCUGGAGCGAAUGGCAUCUCGACCAGCCAUUCUAGGGCAGCUUUUGGCGAGCAUUUAUAUUUUGGAAUGCCUAUUUAUCCAAAAGCCUCCUUGACUUCGAAAACACAACCUUUCUGCCGGCUCCACGGCCCGUCCUCUGAGGAUGGUCUCAGCGCAAUUCUCAUGGACCACUAUCUCGUCCGGACAUCCCUGGAAUUUGCUCCAGCAGCUGACUCGGAUUCAAACUGGAACCAACAUGUAGCUUAUGCUUCGGCUUCUUACCCAUUUCUUCGACACGCACUUUUGGCCAUCUCUGGGUUACAUGCAUGCCGGACUGAUGUCGUGAACGCCGAGCUGUACUACCACGCCGCCUGUUUCCAUGCAGUCAAGGCAUCCGCUCUCUUCCGUUCGACUGUGACAGAUCUCAAUGUCGAGAACUGGGUCCCGGUGGCCGAGUUCAUUAUAACCUCGGUCUUCUUCAAUUUUGACGUCAGCUUCGUUUCUCAGAGAUUUGGUGAUCCGAGCAGUAGUCUCAGUCCCGCCUCUAUAGUGAGAAUCUUACGAGGCCCCCAGUCACUCAAAAGCCAGAUGGAUCCUUUGGUGUUCUCUCACCCUCGGGCCAAUAACCUUCAGAAGAGAAUCCUGCAACACCGCUCCCCAACGGAUCAGGAGUCAAUGACGGCGAUUAGCAGAUUGGAGGGGGCUUGCCACGCUGAAACGACCACAUCUGGUAGCUUAGUUUUGCAGAGUACGGCACAGUCCCUCAGGCAAUGGGCUCAGUUUGUUUCAUGCCAACCCAAGAUGUGGGUGCACUUCUUUAGCUGGCCUGCAGGGGUUUCUGAGGAGUACAUCGAAAUGCUGGAGAGCGGUUGCGGUCUUGCAAGUGUGAUCUUCGUGUACUGGUGUGCCGUAAUGUCGCGAGCGCCGAAAUUGUACUACCUGAUCGGCACGAUGGGCACAUUGGCCCAUCUAGCGAUAAAAGAUCUGGAUGGAGAGUUCAGCGAGCUGCUUGAAUGGCCGCUCAAGGAACUUCAGACAAACGGUGGUAUUUCGUUUGAGUAA